CGCAGGCGCGAAGCGUGGCGGCUCGCCGCGCUCCCGGCCUGCCCCGCGCGCGCUGACGCCGCGUAGGCUCAUCCUCCUCCUCCGCCGCCGCCGCCGCCGCCGCCGCCGCCGCCGCCGCCGCCGCCACUGCGGCCGCCAUUGGAGUCGACGCCUCCUCGGCGCGUCCGCGUCCCGGGCUCACCGCCGCCGCCGCCUCGCCAGGGGCCCGCGCGCCCAGCAGCCGCCGCCGCCGCCGCCCGGCCGGCGCCCGGGGAGUUGGCGGCGGGGCCCGGGGCCGCGCGAGCGAGGGUGACAGGCGCGGCCUGUCGGGGAGGCCCGAGCCGGCGGGCGCCCCGGCCCCGCGCCGAGCUGUUGAUGAAGCAUGUCGGCCACCAGUGUGGACGCCCAGAGAACAAAAGGACAAGACAACAAAGUACAAAAUGGUUCCUUACAUCAGAAGGAUACAGUUCAUGACGGUGACUUCGAGCCCUACCUUACUGGACAGUCAAAUCAGAGUAACAGUUACCCCUCAAUGAGCGACCCCUACCUGUCCAGCUAUUACCCGCCGUCCAUUGGAUUUCCUUACUCCCUCAAUGAGGCUCCGUGGUCCACUGCAGGGGACCCUCCGAUCCCAUACCUCACCACCUAUGGACAGCUCAGUAACGGAGACCAUCAUUUUAUGCACGAUGCUGUUUUUGGGCAGCCUGGGGGCCUGGGGAACAACAUCUAUCAGCACAGGUUUAAUUUUUUCCCUGAAAACCCUGCCUUCUCAGCAUGGGGGACAAGUGGGUCUCAAGGUCAGCAGACCCAGAGCUCUGCCUAUGGGAGCAGCUACACCUACCCCCCGAGCUCCCUGGGCGGCACGGUGGUGGAUGGGCAGCCAGGCUUUCAUAGUGACACCCUCAGCAAGGCCCCCGGGAUGAACAGCCUGGAGCAGGGUAUGGUUGGCCUGAAGAUCGGGGACGUUAGCUCCUCUGCUGUCAAGACGGUGGGCUCUGUCGUCAGCAGUGUGGCACUGACUGGUGUCCUUUCUGGCAAUGGAGGGGCAAAUGUGAACAUGCCGGUUUCAAAGCCGACCUCAUGGGCUGCCAUUGCUAGCAAGCCUGCAAAACCACAGCCUAAAAUGAAAACAAAGAGCGGGCCUGUCAUGGGGGGUGCGCUGCCCCCCCCACCUAUAAAGCAUAACAUGGACAUUGGCACUUGGGAUAACAAGGGUCCUGUGCCGAAGGCCCCAGUCCCCCAACAGGCACCCUCCCCGCAGGCUGCCCCACCGCCCCAGCAGGUGGCUCCGCCUCUCCCAACACAGCCCCCACCUUCGGCUCAACCGCAGUAUCAGAGCCCUCAGCAGCCACCCCAGACCCGCUGGGUCGCCCCACGCAACAGAAACGCAGCAUUUGGGCAGAGUGGAGGGGCUGGCAGUGAUAGCAACUCUCCUGGAAGUGUCCAGCCUAACGCUGCCCCCAGCGUCGAAUCCCACCCCGUCCUUGAAAAACUGAAGGCUGCUCACAGCUAUAACCCUAAAGAAUUUGACUGGAAUCUGAAAAGCGGGCGUGUGUUCAUCAUCAAGAGCUACUCUGAGGAUGACAUCCACCGCUCCAUUAAGUACUCUAUCUGGUGUAGCACGGAGCACGGCAACAGACGCCUGGACAGCGCCUUCCGCUGCGUGAGCAGCAAGGGGCCCGUCUACCUGCUCUUCAGCGUCAACGGGAGUGGGCAUUUUUGUGGGGUGGCUGAGAUGAAGUCCCCCGUGGACUACGGCACCAGUGCUGGGGUCUGGUCUCAGGACAAGUGGAAGGGGAAGUUUGAUGUCAAGUGGAUUUUUGUUAAGGAUGUGCCCAAUAACCAGCUCCGGCACAUCAGACUGGAGAAUAACGACAACAAACCCGUCACAAACUCCCGGGACACCCAGGAGGUGCCCUUAGAAAAAGCAAAACAAGUGCUGAAAAUUAUCAGUUCCUACAAGCACACAACCUCCAUCUUCGAUGACUUUGCUCACUACGAGAAGCGCCAGGAGGAGGAGGAGGUGGUGCGCAAGGAACGGCAGAAUCGGAACAAACAAUAAGGAGAAACCAGUUUCCUACAUGUUCUAACAUGUGACUUUGAAAACAGUUUAAAACACGUGUGCUUGGUCAGCUCCAGCGUGUCGUCCCGUGCGGGGUUGAGCGUUGCAUCUUUGCCUUUCUUGUUGUUUAUUUUUGCCCAAAUGAACUUGCAUUUAUUUGUACUUUUCUAUGUAUUCUAAUCUUCUAGAAGCCACUAAUAAAGGAGUAUUUUUUUUUGGUCAGCUUAUCAAUGAGACCAAUCUAAUGUGAAAUACAAGUAUCCUUAAAAACACAUGAAGCAUCUAUUUUGGCAGAAAUUAUGUUCUUAAAUUCACAGUCAUUUGAUACUGUUCUAUGAGACCUCGUAUUUCUCAUCCCAUUACUGCUUCAUAGCAAACAGAAAAACCAUGAGUCACUUUGUCACUGAGAGCCUUCUGAUAAAAUCUGAAAAUACUGAAAAGGUCAAUGAUUAUCUUGUUCAUUCUGAUUCAUCAUUUUAUUAUCUUUUAUCAGUCUAAAGUGCUAAUUUGCCCAUUUGAUUUUUCUACUAGACAGAAAGAUAACUUUUAAUUUUUCACAUUUGGCAGACAUGUUUUCUUUUUUUGGAAAGUCUUUCCUUCCAGAUCUGUUGCCCACUGAACAGCUGCCUCUCCCUCCGCUCGCUGUCCUGUUGCCCAGUCGGGCCGGGGGCGUGAUGUGUGGACGUCUGGUUCAGGCUCAGGCGUUCUUUGUUGUCUGCAGAUCUUUUUAAAUUUUACCCUUUGCUUAAGAAUCCGGAUGCUGUCUUAAGUCCUUAUACCAGUACUGCUGAGCUUUAAGUGUAGGAUCUGAUAGUACAGACAGUGUGAUGGAUGAUGCUGCUGGCUGUAAAUUUCACUGUGUGUGUCUGAUGUUUUUUCUUGUUGAAUGGGUAAAAACAAAACUUUUUUAGAAAAUGAAUUUGCUGUCAUGUUUUGUGGAAUGAGGGACCGUUGAAGUCGCCACCACCUGGAGUUUGAGUUUAAGCAUGAAAAUGGUGCUCAUGCCUGACGCUCCAGCGCCCGAAUCUGCACGUGCCCUUGUAGAGGACCCUUACUGUCCUAGAAAGCAGACGCUUCGUUAAAACUCCUUGCUCCAAAAGACCCUCUGAGUUAACGUUCAGCUGUAUCAUUAGACUUGUAUUUAGAACGUGUCACUUCCUCUGAACUGUUUCUCUCUGAGUGGAGUCCUGGACGACACUGGACUCUUUCCUCUAGGAGAAUACAAGCCUUAAUAAACAGUACUAUUUAGCAA